AUGGCGAUGGAAGCCAUUAUGCCGCAACGUGCCUCUGAAAAGUUGACGCGUGUCGCGAAGGAAAUCGCCGAACAGAAAGUCCUGGAAUCGGAUGCCGUACAAACGUACAUCUGUGGCGAAUGUGGCUACGCCGCGCACAACCAACAGCCCGUGAAAUGUCCCGUCUGUAGUUCAUUGCCGGAGCGUUUUCAGAUGGUUGACAAGAGUUCGCUGCAGCAUGUCGCUGUAGACGAAGGCGGCACUGCCGAAGAAGAGACGUUUGAUGGCGUGCGACUCCAAUGGUCGGAGCAGUCGAAAAAGGCACUGCGGCGUGUUCCACGCGGCUAUAUGCGCCGAAACGUCAAAGCACGCAUCGAGAAAUCCGCACGUUCUCAAAAGAUUGCCACGAUUACAAACGCCUUCGCAACCGAGAUUAUUGACGACAGUAUGGGUGAAGCGGCGGCAGUCCGUGAAGAUGCUCCCGAACUCCGAGCCGUGCAAGCGCAGACCGACGCUCAGAAUGUUGAUGUCGUUCAGGGCUUUGAAAGUCCGGUGCAAUGGACCGAGGAGGCAAUCGAACGCUUGAACUUAGUGCCUGCUGGGUUUAUGCGAAAUAUCACGCAAACUCGGAUUGAACAGCGAGCGCAAGAGAACGACGUUCCCCAAGUUACGCUUGAUUUCGCCGCACGCGUCAUUGAGGACGGCAGAAGUCUUGCCAAUGAGGUGCUUGGGCAGUACUAUCAACAGCCAGAUCAGGACUAA